AGCUGUUUCUGAGCUCAUUUGUAAUUUUUUUCAGUUUGGAUUUUUAAUUUUAGCCAUAAAGAAGAAUAAGAAGCCGAAUAAAGUAAAAGAUAUGUUUAGACAGUUAAGCAGAUGUGUUAAUAAAAUCGUUGAUGCAAACGUUUUGCAAUUAAAUCGCGGCAUAUGUUCCGCAAGAUGCCUUCUUAAAAAAGAGGCUGUUGCCGAAAUGAUUGAAGAAAAACCAAUAAAACCAAACACAGUUUUAGUGGAAAAAGAUAAGAAUAUUACUCUAAUUGGUAUUAAUAGACCGCGACAACGUAAUGCUAUAGAUGGACAAACUGCUGCUAAACUUUGCGAAGCGUUUAGCGCUUUCGAGGCAGACGAUGCUUCGCCGGUGGCGGUGUUGUAUGGUAUAGGAGGUUCAUUUUGUUCCGGUUUUGAUAUACUCGAAAUGGCCAAUGAAGAUGAAAGCACGGUCAGCGUGGAAAUAUUAAUGAUGCCCGAGGGCUCAGUUGGACCAACGAGAAGGCAAUUAAGCAAACCGGUGGUUUGUGGUAUUAACGGUUAUUGCGUAGCAAACGGUUUAGAAUUGGCUUUGAUGUGCGAUUUACGGGUUAUGGAAGAAUCUGCAGUAUUAGGUUUUUUCAAUCGUCGCUUUGGAGUACCUGUAAUAGAUGGUGGCACUGCGCGCCUUCCAGCUAUGAUUGGAUUGUCACGUGCUCUUGACUUAAUAUUAACUGGCCGCCAUGUCUGCGCCGAAGAAGCUCAUAGCAUGGGUAUAGCGAAUCGAAUAGUGGGGACUGGUGAAGCCUUGAACAAGGCUGUAGAAUUGGCUAAGUGCUUAUCAAAAUUUCCACAAAGUGCUCUAAAUCACGAUCGCAAAUCGGUAUACUCAGCUGUCUUUGACGUAAGCAGUUUCCAACAGGCCAUACAGAAUGAGAUUAUGUACACAUCGAAAGAUAUUAUUGAUCAAAUGCAUGACGGCAUUAAAUGGUUUAAUAAAACUUUUAAAGAUAAAGACACAGAUAGCUGGCUAAAGCGUGAUAAAUCGAUGGCAGAUUGGUACGACGAGGAAGUCGCUGAAGCUGCUGCUAAAGUCGAAGAAGAAAAGCAGGCGAAAGAGGCGUUACGCAUUGAGGCCCAACAAAAGGCACAAGAAGAAAGAGAGCGAAAAUUUAAAGAAAAAACGAUAAAAUCAACCAAAGUAACAGAAAAACAGAAGACUGAAAAAGAGAUGGAAAAAAAUGCAGCUGCACCUGAAUCAAAAGAAAAGGGUGACAGAAAUGUAAAUUCAACCGAAUCAAAAUCGAAAGUGAAUUAUGAAGAGCCUAAAUCUCAAACUAGUAAAGAGCCAAAGAAAUAAAAAUACUAAGCAAAAGACCCGAAA